GAGAGGAAGGGGAAGCUGGAAGGAAGUUAUUGGUUUCACAUUUAUUCAAAUAGUUUGGCAGGGUUUAGCCUGGUAUUCAAAACACAUAGAUCCCUACUGGGUUCAAACCCUUCAUUGUAAAACAGUGGAUUGUGAGAUAAAUAGGAAAAUCUAUGUUUUUGUCGAAAACUUGUUUCACGGAAUAGCUGUGUAUUCCGGGGUAGCCCUAGUGGGCAGACUUGAAGAUGAAACAGAAGGGUUGAUUGGAGUCCUACUCUGGAUCCUUGGAAUAAUGUCUGCAGGAGCUCCUCUCCUCUUCGCUGUAGUUAUUCUUCUUCUUGAUCUCACCAUGACGUAUGAGACUCGGACAAAUGGAGUUACUGAGAUCGGGGUCGCUAUUGCUAAAACAGUCUGGUUCGAUAUUAUACCGUCAGGUUUACUUUUGUGUUGGUUUCUUGGACAAUGUCUCAACGGAUUCACAAGAAUUCGGUCGUCUUCCUCGCGCGAAACGGCCAGCAAAUUGAUUGGCGCAUUUCUUAUCGUGUUCCAUACUGUACACUUGGCAAGCAUCAUAGUGUAUGUUGUUGCUAAAUCACAACCCGUCACAACACAGAUAAAGUUGGCAACUGUUAUUGGUUGGUUGCUUGAGAUUGGAUACAGCCUGGCCGCCCUUGCUAUUCCCUGGUGCUGGUUAGCUGGUCUUCUUAUACCAAGACGGGAUUCCACGGUAGACUCAGUGGAAGUAAAUCUGAAGCUAGCGAAACAAAACAAAUCCAGGAAUAUCAUAAAGUACAAGAAGGAGAAGUCUAAUGUACAGACACCUCCCACAACACCUUUUAAGUUCAAACCUGAGGUUACCUCCUCUCCUAGUGUGCACUCCCAGGAUAACUCAUCUGUUGUUAUGAGAACGAAUGGAACAGAUGCAAGUAAAGACAAGAGUAAGAGGAGUUCCUAUCUAGAAGCUGUAUCUAUGGGUUCUUUAAACAUGCAGGAAUCAAACCCGCCUAAG